AUGCUUUUGGCCCCAGUUGCCCCUCUUCCCUGCCCCCGGCCCUGCUCCUGCCCCCAGCCCACAGAGCUGCACUGCACUUUCCGCUCCCUGAUCACCAUCCCAGCUGGCAUCUCCAGACAAGUGGAACGCAUGAACCUGGGGUUCAAUAGCAUCAAUAGGGUCACAGACAAAUCACUGGCUGGUUUGAGGAAGCUGGAGCUUCUGAUGGUCCAUGGGAAUGAAAUCCACAGCCUCCCUGAUGGAGCUUUCAGGGACCUCAUAUCCCUGCAGAUGUUGAAGAUCAGCUACAACAAGCUGACGGAAAUCAACAGACACACGUUGCAGGGUCUAUGGGCUUUGGCCAGAUUACACCUAGAUCACAACCAGCUGGAGUUCAUCCACCCAGAUGCCUUCCAGGGCCUCACCUCUCUGCGGCUGCUCCAGCUGGAGGGCAACCGCCUUCAGCAGCUCCACCCAGCCACCUUCACCACCUUCUCCCUCAUGGGCCACUUCCAUGUCUCCACCGUGAGGCACCUCUACCUGUCGGACAACGAGCUGACGUCGUUGCCCUCCACGUUGGUGGCAGCUAUGCCUCAGCUGGAGAACCUGUAUCUCCAUGGGAACCCAUGGACCUGUGACUGCCACAUGAGGUGGCUUCACAACUGGGAUAAAACCUCACCAGGUGUUUUGAAGUGUAAAAAGGACAAAGCCCUCCCUGGUGGCCAGCUGUGUCCUGUGUGUUCCUCCCCCAAGCACCUCCAGAGGAAGGAGCUCCAUGCUGUGGAGAAUAUGGUCUGCAGCAGCCCUAUCAUCAGUUCCCCUCAAAGGGCCACCCUACCUGAGGACACCGAAAGUGAGGUCAUGACCCUGGAGGAGUUUAGGGAACCAUUUGGUAACGUCUCCCUGGGCCUGUCAGACGAACAUGGGAAUAAGGUGGAUCUGGAGUGCAGUAUUGGUGAACCCAGAGAGGUCAGCAAGAUCAGCUGGGAGCAGGUCAACCAUCUGCAGCUGGCGUCCAACAUGACUUUGUCCGUGGAUCUGGAAUGCCCUAUCGACAGGGAAAACUAUGAGCGCCUGUGGAGGCUCAUUGCAUACUACAGCAGUGUACCAGCCCACUUACAAAGGGAGAGGAUGCUGAACGAAGAGCCUCAUCCAAGCUACAUGUACAGACAGGACACAGAGAGGGAUGCCCUGUACUACACGGGUGUGAAGGUUAAUAUCAUGGCCCAACCAGCAUGGCUGAUGCAGACAUCUAUAGACCUCCAGCUGAACAGGCCUCAGUCCACAGGGAAGAGAGUAAAGUUGAUCCUCAGCACCCACCUUUCACAGACCGUGGAGACUGAGCUGGAGCGGAGACAGAGGAGGACAUGGGUGAUGAUUGAGUCCACAAACACCUCUCGGACAGUGUUGAGUGCUAUAGUGGGCAGCGCUAGGCAAAUGUACUGUAACGUGCACAGUUCUGGCCCAGUGGUUAUCCACUGGAUGUUGCCAGAUGGCUCUAAGGUGGAGGCGCCGUACAGCAGUCCAGACAACAGGGUUUCUGUCUCCAGUGAAGGACAGCUGGUCAUUAAAGCCGUCAGCCACUCAGACACAGGAAUUUACUACUGUAUCGCCAAGGUUCAUGGAGACCUCGCCAUCCUGCCAUUUCGUCUGACAGUGGAGGAAUCCUCCAGCCCUCCUCCAGGAGAGAAUAACUCAUCUCCACCUAUAGAGGGAUUUGCCGGGGACCCUGUUUCCUUGCCUUGCAUGGCAUCUGGCUCACCUGAUGCUGAAAUUCACUGGAUUCUACCAAGCAGCAACAUAGUAAGUUUCAAGACCAACUCUUCCAGAGUGUUGGUCUAUUCUAACGGCACUUUGCAAAUCCCACAAGGUCAGUUAUCGGACAGUGGUUCCUAUAAAUGCAUUGCCAUAAAUCAACAUGGUGUGGAUACGCUCGCUACAAAAGUCACCAUCACCAGACGCACAGGAACGAUAAGGCCACUGAGGAAGUUUCCAACAAGACCUCAGUCAGCCUCAGGAGUCAAUACCAAAAUUAAAGUACCCACAGAGGAUACAGAGGAGGCAUCUGGGGAUGAGGGGGUUCCUCAGCAGGGGGCUCCAAUGAGCCGCCAUGAUCUUUUGAGAAGGAGAGGUCCAGGAGGGGUGGGUGCUAGCAGGAGGGUAGUCCAUCCAUCUAGAAAUAUGUGGCGGAGGCCACCGGUGCUGCGAAAGCCAACAGGAUCACAUGCUGAAGAUAGGAAAAUUACAGUUGAGACCAGGAGAAGGAUAAAUAUGUCAAAGAAUAAAAUAGACCCAGAGAAAUGGGCAGACAUUUUGGCUAAGAUUAGAGAUAGAACUUCUCAGAGUGGUGUGACACCAAACCCAGUUGACCAUACCACACAGAUUCCAGAAACAGAGCAGACAACACAGUCACAAGACAAUAUGGAGGGAUCAUCAGAGACUGUGCAGGAGGAAGAGACCCAGAGCACUGUUAGCCACUGGCAGACUAACACAAACAGGGCAAGCAGCAGCAGUACAUUGUAUGACAAGUCUCUGCAGGCAAAUCAAAUCACUAGUGCAGACGCUGAUGCAGUCACAAUAUUUGAUACAUCCAAGGCAUCUACGGUGGACGUGGCCAAAGAUUAUGUUUAUACUAGCCCCAAUGAGGACAGAGAACUUUCUUUAGGCGGAAGUCAGCUUAGCCCUUCAGAAAACCCAACUGAAAUGGAGACAAGUCAAGAUGGAAAUGAAAAAUAUCCUAGUGAGGCUGAGACAACAUCACCUUCACAUACCCUGCCCAGAGAUACAACACUCGACAUUUUGCACUCUCAAGCCCUGCUCACAACACCAUUUCCAACAGCCAUCCCUAGUACAAGAAAGGGGUCUGGAGGGGAGCCGCCCACUCGUGUCCGACACCCUAAUUCUAGGAGAAGGAACGGGAAUCGCAGGAGAAGGCCAAACAGGAGGAAGCAAAAGUUGAACCGACCCUCAAGGAUUUUUAUUACCACCACACCUGUGGAUGCUACCCUAGCAACAGCCACGACCACUGCCUCCACACGGCUAAAAAUAGAAGCAUCAGAAAAGACCGUAAUCACAACAGCCAACUUCAGUACCGCUGUUCCAUUCACUGGCAGCCAAACGACGUCAUCAGGCAGACUGAGUCACAAAGAAAGCACAGUCUCCAGGCAUGAUGACGAGGCAGCCACCAAACCAGCCACUCACCCCAAAACAAAGGACAGCCUUCUUCCUCUGGCCAAACCACUAUUCGAAAGCACAUCAGCCACACCAUCAUUUCCUACGACCUCUCCAGGAGUGGGUUAUAGAGAGACGACAACUCAGAUCUCAGAGAGUGCGUCUUCUCCAGAGCUUUUGAAUAUGCCCACACCAGAUAGUCAGCAGAGGUUUAUGAGCACCCCUCUUCCGCCUGUUAAACCCUUAGAGGAGACACAAAGGGUAAGCGUUAUGGGAGACCUUGGACCUGGGCCACGUUCUGACAAGUCCUCUGAGAAUUUUCACACUGCACUGCAAGUGCAACCAGAUGUAGAGCAGAACCAAUCAGAAAAUCUAUACACACCCACCGAAAAGGCUGAAGAGAUGCUUUUCAAAGAGAUCAGCAGGCAUUUUCCACUGCGACCAUCCUCCUCACCUGCUCCCUUGAUCCAGCAUGAAAUCAACACAACCUUUGGCACACACACUCUAAGUGGCUCUGUUACAACAGUCAGCUUGCCUUUUGAGGGAGAUUUGGAGACAGAAUGGAUUACCACAAAGAUGCCGGCAGCAUCUGAAAGCUCUUAUCGUUCAACUCAAAAUAAAACUACCAGCACUGCCUCACAGGAGGACGAGCAUCUAAAAGAGACUGCCCACAGACAAACUGAUACAUCCAGAGAGGGGCUCAGAACAGGGACCCCUUUGACUCAGGAUGUGUCCAGAAGGCAUCAGCUACCUGGACUAGGCUCUAUUCCAAGAGGGAAGCCACGGAUAAUAAAGACCAAUAUCCAGACUAUUACUGUGAACGCUGAAACAGAUGCACAGCUUCCCUGUGAGGCUGAGGGUGAACCCAUGCCCUUCCUGUCCUGGACAAAAGUUGCCACUGGGGCGAGUGUUGCUCAGAACACCAGAGUUCAGAGAUUUGAGGCCCAUCCCAAUGGCACAUUAAUCAUCAGGAAUACACAGCCCAUCGACCGGGGACAGUACCUCUGCAUGGUCCAGAACCAGUACGGUACCGACAAGAUGGUGGUCAACCUCGUGGUUCUAUCACAGCACCCCCGGGUGCUCCAACCUCGGCACCGAGACGCCACUGUGUAUUUAGGUAGCAACAUCAAUUUGGAAUGCACUGUCCAGGGAUACCCCUCCCCUCGAGUGACAUGGGUGCUUCCCGACCACGUCCACAUGACCACGGCCCAACUUGGUAUUGCUUCUCAACAGCGAGUGGCGGUGCUUAGUAACGGCACUCUCCGAAUCACCCAGGCCACUUAUACAGACAGAGGGGUUUAUAAGUGCAUCGGCAGCAGUGCAGCAGGGGCUGACACGGUGUCAGUUCGUCUUCAUGUUUCUGCGUUGCCGCCUGUCAUCCAACAGUCUCAACGUGAGAACACUACUGUUUCAGAGGGCAGUAAUACCUACAUCAACUGCAGUGCCAUAGGUGCCCCGCUACCUGUCAUCCGCUGGACUACACCUGAUGGAAUCCAGCUCACCUCUUCCCAGUUCAUCACUGGACGCAACCUCCUUGUUUUCCCCAACGGGACUCUCUUCAUACGUGGUUUGGCCCCAGGGCAUGCUGGGAGAUAUGAGUGUACAGCCAGUAAUGUGGUGGCAGCCAGCAGGAGAACAGUUACACUCAGUGUACGGAGGAACCUCUCCUCCACCAAGGCCAAGAUCGUCUCCUCAUCUCCUCAGAGAACAGAUGUGAUCUACGGGCAGAAGCUGCAGCUGGACUGCUCAGCUAGAGGAGAGCCUGAGCCCCGGAUCAUCUGGAGAACGCCCUCCAAGAAACUGGUAGAUGCUCAGUACAGUUUCGACCCCAGGAUCAAGGUCUUUGCCAACGGCACGAUGACCGUCCAGUCCAUGACCGAUAAGGACAGCGGUGACUACCUGUGUUUGGCACGUAACAAGAUGGGUGACGAUUAUGCUCUGCUGCGGGUCAAUGUGCUGACCAGGCCGGCCAAGAUUGAGCAGAAGCAGCACCGAUCCAAUCAGGAGGUGGUAUAUGGUGGCGACCUGAAGGUGGACUGUGUGGCGUCCGGGCUUCCUGACCCAGAGAUCAGCUGGGCACUGCCGGAUGGCACCAUGGUCAACCCUGUCAAACAGACAGAUAGAGUCAGUGGGGGCCGCAGCCGCAGGUACGUGGUGUUUGAUAACGGGACACUGUACUUCAAUGAUGUCGACAUGCGAGAGGAGGGUGAUUACACCUGCUAUGCCGAGAACCAGCUUGGCAAAGAUGAGAUGAAAAUUAGAGUCAAGAUCAAGGCUGUGGCUGACCCGCCACGAAUCCAAGACAAAAACCACAAGGUCAUCAAGGUUUUCUAUGGCGAAACUGUGUCGCUGAGGUGCACCGCCAAGGGGGAACCAACACCAGUUAUCACAUGGAUGUCCCCGACCAACAGAGUCAUUUCAUCAUCAUCAGACAAAUACCAGGUCCUGAAUGAUGGAACAUUGGUAGUUUACAAGGCCCAACGCUUUGAUGGAGGUAACUACACUUGUACGGCCAGGAAUAAUGCAGGCCAGGACCACAGAGUCAUCAGGGUGGAGGUCCUGGUAACCCCUCCAGUGAUCAACGGGUUCAGAGGCACAACCAACACCAUCAGGGUGACAGCAAUCCGAGAUCAGCGGAAGAUGGUGGACUGUGCAGCGAAGGGAAUACCUACCCCGCGGGUCAUGUGGGUCCUACCAGGAAACAUUAUCCUCCCUGCACCAUACUACAGCAGUAGAAUGACUGUUCACAGCAAUGGGACCCUGGACAUCCGGUCACCCAAGAGGACAGACACAGGCCAGCUGGCUUGUAUCGCUCGUAAUGAAGGAGGGGAGGCCAAGCUGAUGAUUAACUUGGAUGUGAAGGAGGUUGUGGAGAGGCCACAAAUCAGAGGUCCUAAAACAGAUAGCAUGUCGCUGACAGUAGGGAAUGUCAUGACUUUGAACUGCUCCUAUGAGGGCAACAUAUUGCCCCACGUCACUUGGAUCCUACCCAAUGGCACUCCUAUGCUGAGCGGUGCUCGGUUGUCCAAGUUUUACCACCGGCCUGACGGUUCUUUGAUCAUCACCAACCCCUCUGUGUCUGAAGCUGGUAUGUACCGCUGCCUGGGACGUAAUUCUGCUGGCCUGGUUGAACAUACCAUCACAUUAUUCCCAGGGAAAAAGCCAGAGAUAAGCAACAGAUACACCUCUCCUGUCAGUGUCAUGAAUGGGGAAUCCAUUUGGCUCCAUUGCCUAUCCAGCGGUGAACCUCUCAGACUAACAUGGACUUUGCCCAGUGGGGUCAUACUCAGCAGGCCGCAAAGAGCUGGGCGAUACACUGUGUUGUCCAACGGUACACUGGCCAUCCAACAGGCAUCGGUCUAUGACAGGGGAUCCUAUGUUUGCCGAGCAGGGAAUGAGUAUGGUAGCAGUCUGCUCUCAGUGCCGGUCGUCGUUAUUGCAUACCCACCUCGCAUUACUAACGGCCCUCCAUCUGUGACUUAUGCCAAGCGGGGAGUUGCCGUCCAACUGAAUUGCAUAGCAGCUGGGAUCCCUAGAGCAGAGGUAGCAUGGGAAACACCAGAUAAAAACCGACUGGCUGUCAGUACACAGCCACGCCUCUUUGGAAACAAGUACCUCCAUCCGCAAGGUGCACUCAUCAUCCAGAACCCAACACAAAGAGAUGCUGGCUAUUACCGAUGCACAGCCAGGAAUGCCAUUGGCGUAGACUCUAAAGCUACGUAUCUCAAUGUGUUCUGA